AGCGGCUGAGCGGCGUUAGGAGGGAGGAGAGGCGCUCCUCAGCGGGCAGGGCGCCGCCUCGCUGAGCCCCGAGCAAAGCAGCCUGCGGAGGAGCCGCCUCGCCCUUCAGAAACCACCUCCUUCCCUCAGCGGCGGGGCCGCGCCCUUAUCCAAGAUGGCAGCGCCGGCUUCGCCCCGCUCCAAGAUGGCGGCGGGGCGGCCCCGCCCCUUGGCGGCCGAGCGGGGCGGCGGCGGCGGUGGUGGCGGCGGCGCCCGGUGUCGCCGGUGUCCUUGCGGCGGGCGGGCGGCGGCGGGCGCGGAGCCAUGCUGGCCUUCGUGGCCAGGGCGGCGCACAUUGUCAGGGGGAAGAGGAAACCAAGACAGGCCGAGGGAGAGCUUUACGAUCAUUUCUGUCCUCCCAGCCAUGGAUAGGAAGCAGAAGCAAGCAGAGAAGGCCAGGCCCUAUGGCCUGCUGAAGCCGACGGCUUUAGGCAAGAUCCCGGGCAGAUUCCUGCUUCAUCAAGAAGCGCUGCCCCAUCUCCCCGUGCCGCCGCUGCAGCAGACGCUGGACCGCUACCUGCAGAUGCUGCAGCCCAUCAUCAGCGAGGAGGAGCUGAACCACACGCAGGAGCUGGUGGCCGAGUUCCGCAAGCCGGGAGGCGUCGGGGAGAGGCUGCAGAAAGGCCUGGAGAGGAGAGCCAAGAAAACAGAGAACUGGCUCUCCGACUGGUGGCUGAAGACAGCUUACCUGGAGUAUCGCCUGCCAGUCGUGGUGCACUCCAGCCCUGGUGUGGUCUUACCUAAGCAGGAUUUUCUGGAUCGACAAGGUCAGCUCAGGUUUGCUGCCAAGCUGAUCGAGGGCAUCCUGGACUUCAAGACCAUGAUUGACAAUGAGACCCUUCCAGUGGAGUACAUGGGUGGGAAGCCCCUCUGCAUGAACCAGUACUACCAGAUCCUCUCAUCCUGCCGCAUUCCUGGGCCCAAGCGGGACUCCAUUGUCAACUACGCCAAAGGCAAGAAGCAGUCCAGACACAUCACAGUGGUUCACAACUUCCAGUUCUUUGAGCUGGAUGUUUACAACAGCGAUGGAAGUCCCCUUACCACUGACCAGCUCUUUAUUCAGCUGGAGAAGAUAUGGAACACCUCCCUCCAAACAAACAAAGAACCUAUCGGGAUCCUCACCACCAACCACCGAAACAGCUGGGCAAAAGCUUACAACAACCUUCUGAAAGAUAAGACCAACAAGGAAUCUGUGCGUACGAUUGAGAAGAGCAUAUGCACUGUCUGCCUUGACGCCCCAAUGCCACGGGUGUCUGAGGACAUCUACAAGAGCCGCGUGGCCGCUCAGAUGCUGCACGGUGGAGGCAGCCGCUGGAACAGCGGGAACCGAUGGUUCGACAAAACCCUUCAAUUCAUCAUUGCUGAAGACGGCUCCUGUGGUCUCGUAUACGAGCACGCUCCCUCAGAAGGCCCACCCAUCGUUGCUCUUCUGGAUCACAUCGUGGAGUACACGAAGAAACCUGAACUGAUGAGAUCACCGAUGAUUCCUCUGCCAAUGCCCAAGAAGCUGCGGUUUAACAUCACUCCAGAAAUCAAGAACGACAUAGAGAAGGCAAAGCAGAACCUCAACAUAAUGGUUGAAGACCUGGAUGUUAAAGUCAUGGUCUUUCAUCAGUUUGGGAAAACCUUCCCCAAGUCAGAAAAGAUAAGUCCUGAUGCUUUUAUCCAGCUGGCCCUGCAGCUAGCAUAUUACAGGAUGUAUGGCCACGCCUGUGCCACAUAUGAGAGUGCAUCGCUAAGGAUGUUCCGUCUGGGCCGCACAGACACCAUCCGCUCCACUUCUGUCGACUCUCUUAAGUUUGUGCAAUCCAUGGACAACCCUGACAAAUCGGACCAGGAGAAAGCAGACUUGCUGAGGAGAGCUACCCAGGCCCACAGGGAAUACACGGAUAUGGCAAUAAGGGGGAACGCAAUAGACCGCCACCUCUUAGGUUUGAAGCUUCAAGCUAUUGAGGACCUAGUGAGCAUGCCUGAGCUGUUCAUGGACACAGCAUAUGCUGUUGCAAUGCACUUCAAUCUCUCAACCAGCCAGGUCCCAGCAAAGACAGACUGUGUGAUGUGUUUUGGUCCCGUGGUUCCAGAUGGCUACGGAGUCUGUUACAACCCGAUGGAUGAACACAUCAACUUCGCAAUUUCAGCAUUCAACAGCUGUGCUGACACAAACGCAGCUCGUAUGGCACAUUAUCUUGAGAAAGCACUGCUAGACAUGAGGAUCUUGCUCCAGUCCACUCCCAAAUCCAAACUGUAAGAGGCAAAUAUGAUGCACAGUCCCCAGCUAAAGGCGCUGUCCCUCAUGCACUGAAGUUCCCAGUUCCUCAGAAAAUGAUUGAGAGGACAGCUUGCCCUGACUGGAACCCAGGAGGGCAUCUACCAUUUGUUUUCAGCAAGACAUUACAGAAUUGCCAUCCGCAGAUAUUAGACUGUGCAGUGAGAGGAAGCAUUGUCUUAAACCAAAGUGGAACUGACCUGUCCUCUCCCAUCAAUGCAAAGUGCACCUUCCUGUCCUCAAAGAGGACUGAAAUAGGAUCUUUUUAUGGAACUUACUGUAAAAGAAUAUAGAAAGCACAGUCCUUACCAGUAUCUAAAUCCAUUUGGUGAGGAAGGGAGUUCUUCUCCAGGAAAAGCAGGGAAUGUUUGUUUUAUGAUGGAACUACUGUAAGACCAAGCCUUUUUCCGGUUUAGUCUUCUGGAGAGUGCAGCAUCUUUGAAACUUGUCUGAAGAGUUUUCGUAUACUCCAGCAAAACAUCACCAUUGAACUUUGGCAAGGGGAGAAAGAAGUUCUUAAGUCAGAGCAGACCCAGUCUUGUUAAGAGUGCACUUUACUAACCCCAGACACCUGGUCAUUAUGUGCUUUAUAGGCCUGGGAACAUUCCCUUCCCCUUGUUUUAAGAUGCUGAGAUCUCCUUUCUGUUGCACUGACCCAACUAACAAGAGUACAUCACCCACUACAAGCUAAGGUAGUUUUUUGUUGCUGUUUGCUUUGUUCUGGGCUUUUUGUCGAAGCUUGCUGUUGCAGGCCUAGUCAUACAAAACUUCUCUCUCACACAGGUUUUGCUAAGUUUGGCUUUAGGUACUUUAACUUUUGUGGAGAUGAAAAGGAAUUGCCUAUGCGUUUUAGCAGAACAGUUGCUUCUUUGUACCUUUCUUUGGAGCUGAGGAAAAGAAACAGAUGCUGACGUUCUGUUUACUAGUCAGAGAGCCACAUGCCUAUUCUCCUUCAGGGCACACAUUACAUCUAAGGUGGUUUUAUACCUUGCUUUCAGAAACCACAUUUAUGCAUAAAAGGUUAUGCCUAAGUUGUGGAUAAACAGAAAUAUUUCUGAUCAGCAACUCCAGAAUACACUUUUGAUUUUGGCCCACAGAAAUCAAAUCUGUCAGAGCCAAAGAAAAAUCAGCUGCAGAAUAUCCCUCCUACACAUCAUUCUGUGUUAGAGGCACAGAAACACUUGAAAAGAGGAAGAAAGCUGAGAACAUGGAGGCACUUUACAUGUUUGUCCACUUUAGCAGCCGCUGUUCUGCAGUAACAGUACAGCACCUUUUCUGGAAUUCUUUCUUACUGCAGCGUUACUCAGAUUUGUGCCAGCUCUAUUCUGUGAAAGACAUGGAGCUUGUAAUAGCGUUUUCAUGUUCAGCUGAUGUACUUAAGACAGUAAAAGAUUAUAUAAAAAACAUUAACAUACAAUUUUAGCAUAGGAACUUUUGUAAGCAUUACGUCCAAUCAAUCUGCCAGAAUCCAGGCUCCUUUUAUUUUUAUUUAGUAAAACUGUAUGGUAAUGAAGAAUUCUAGUGCUAUUUCUGCAACAGGAAUUAAUUUAAUAUUUAAACUGCACACCCUUCAAGAUGUGACUGUUAGAACAUCACCAUAACCAAGAAGCAUUACAAGUCUGAUGGCCUGUUUUGUUAGAGGGAAAUAUUUUAUCAUAAUUGCUACUUUUAUGAUGAUAGACUAGCAAGGGACGUGAUCAAAGUGCCUUGGUAAACAUAUAUGAAGUUUGCACUAAACCAGUUUAGAGAAAAAUAUUAUUCUGAUCUGCUUCUUGAAAGACACACGCGUAUUGCAUUUUUUUCUAAAAGGAUUUUACUUUAAAUCUUCAUAUACCUAAAUAAACCUUAAAAAGGAAAAUUUAACUGAAACUCACCUGCACAGCCAGUGAUUGUAUGAACUGCCACUUUCACAUCAUUUACAUGGAUUUAGUUGAUCUUUUAGAAGAAUCCUGAAUGGAGUAAGAUAGUGGGGAAAACAAAACAAAACAAAAAAACACGCACAGUGGGAACGCUACAAACCUGUGAACACACAUCCCUGCUCUGUUACUCCUCUGCUGUGAAGUAGACUGAAAACUGCAAGAGGAUACUUGGUAUUAUCAAAGUGUAAGCUAUUGUAAAUACUACAUAAAAGACCACACCUUGCUGAAAUAACAGUAUCUACUUUUAUGGAGCCUUUUAAUUUGAAAAAUAUUUGUUUUGCUAAAGUAAUCCUUCCCCAGUACUGAAUCAGCCUCUGUGCUAGGGGAUGAGUUACUUUUGUGUCUGCAAUGCCUUCAACCACCGAUACUACAGUAUUGCCACUUAAGUAUUUGUAACUGACCCUUUUCUACUGUCUUAUGAAAGGCAAAGGGUCUCAAAGGAAAGUGCCUAUUAAAAAUUAAGCAGAAGCACACUCUGCUAUGAAUAUAUCUCAGAAGAUGGAUUGAUCUGUCUUGGAUCUAAAUCUGGAUAUCCCACUAGCUUCAGCAGAGUACCUGCAAGAAGAACAGUAUCACAGUGAAAGACGAGAUUCUUAAAGCAUUUUAUGCAUUCUUAAGGAUAUAUGGAGGUGAAAUUCAGAUGAAAAACUUUUUUGAAGUGCUUGAAAGGACACUAAAAUCAUUACAAGGUUUCUCCUUUUUUU